GUCAUUAGUUGAUGUGACAGCUGACAGAACAGUGAAUUGAUUUUUUCAACAAUGUCGCUCACAGACAAGAUUUCGAUGCUUAUGGCGCGGCCAGGCGGCGAAAAUGCCCAAAAAGACGACGUACCGUGGUGGAUGCGCUACGCUGGUCGGGGGCUUGGGACAGUUGGCAGUUUCAUCGCAAUAAUCCUCGGGCUGAUCAACUGCUUGAGUAUAGUGGUGUUCAACGUGGCGUGCCUGAUCGCCGGCAUAUGGCAGAUGUUGGCAGGGUUCAUAGUGAUAGUGUGCGAGGCGCCCUGCUGUUGCUUCUUCAUAGACUACGUGCAGACCAUCAGUGACAAGAUGGAGACCAGGCCUUACUGGAACAAGGCUGUGUUGUACGUGUGCCUCGCGUUACCUCCGUUCUUCCUCUGCUUCCUUAGCAUGAGCACCUGGUUCGGCAGCGGCAUGAUCUUCGGCACCGGCAUCAUUUAUGGCAUGAUGGCGCUCGGCAGGAAAGCAUCGGCAGAGGAGAUGAGGACGUCGGCGGCGAACCUGGAGGCUGGAAUGGCUCAGACCUCCGCCCCACGCGCCAACCUGGUGGCCAACGAGCAGCCCGUCAGCUUCACCGGCGUCCCAACCCGUCACUGACCUCAGUAAGUCCUCCCACCACGCGGCCACAACACAACAAACGCUGCGAAUACAACACAUGUGUUACAAGUUACAGUUGAUGAACAUAUUAUCAAACUCAUUGACAGCUGUCAACAUCGAAAUUGUUAGAAAUUUGUAUUUGAGAGUUUGCAUAUUUUGGAUGCUUUUUUAUCUGUUCUACAUUUAUACUCUGCCGUUUGACAGCUGUCAAGAGUGAUGCGACCAACGAACGGUCUAUGGUUCAAGCGUUUUGGCGCGGAAAAAUAAUUUCUAAUUGAUAUUGUAAGACAUUUGUUGGUUGAAAAUAUAUAUUUUAAGAAUGCUUACCUGUUCGAGAGUUGUAAUAUAGUUCAUUAUGUUUAGUGUUGCCAAUGUAAACCAGUGUCCUCCAACAACAGCAUUGCCAGCUUACGAAAUUCUUUUACAGCAAUGUGUGUAGGUUUGUUUGUAUAUUUCUCAAUGUUAUACAUAAAUUACAAUAGUUUUAUUUAGUCUAGUUUCAAAAAUAUAUUGUAUGAGGCUAGUAACGAAAUAAAGUUAAAUUGAUAGAGUGCACUUCCUUUCACAAAACAAAGGACCAUUUUUAUGUGUUCACGUGACUGCUAAUAAAGGUCAUCGUUCAUUCAUUCACUCAAUUAUGUAUGGUUUUUCUAGAACUGUCAAAGUGACAGGUGUUUUAAAAUCGCCUUUGUCACUCUUAAUUAUUGUCUUUGUAUCGAGUUUCCUCUUAGUGUUAAAGCAGCGUAAAGCAAUUUCUUAAAAUAUUGAGUAUAUUAUGAACAGUAAUAUUUCCAAGAUAGAUUUUAUCAAAAAAGCGAUUUAUAACAAAUACUUUUUUUAAAUACAUUAAUAUAAUAAUAUGUGGUCCCCUUCGCGUGGGUGUUACGUUGGCUGUCAUUCUUUGACUAUUGUUCUAAAAUCUCACGCUUUUUAAUUGGCUUAUUAUUUCGCAAAAUACAUUCUAAAUCAAAUAAAAUUUGCAAAAUAUCAGGGAAAUGCAGAUUUAUUGUUUAGAUUUGAGAUCGGUUAACGUGCAGUUAGUGUUCACUGACUCUAUUUUACAAUAUCAAUAAAUUAAAUACUGUUAUAUAUCAGUAGUUUUUGGUUCAAUAAAGUAAUACGAUUUUUAAUACAUUGAGGCCUAAUCAACACGAGAAGAAUGUGUCCUCAUUUAAAAAUAUUUAUGCUGGUAACAUUAUACUGAUGCAGCCAUACAAUUGUCUAACCGUCUAGCCCAAAAAUUGCGUACCAAUUCAGUGUAUUGCACACGGUGAACUUGGUAUGAGAGACGUUACACAAAGGCUAGGGUUUAUAGCAUAUUUGUUAAAAAUAAACAAUGUCCGCCCGACCGUCGGAUGGUUGGACGAUUGUGUGGGUGCACCUUUUUGCAUACUACCCGAUCUCUUUUAUUAUUCCUUACGCAGCUAAUUAGAAACUUAGUCAUAUUGUAAACAUUUUCUAGCAUUUUUAGUGUAUCUAGAGGGCUGUUAUAGUAUAAUUUGGUAAUAAGUUUAUUUAGUCGACGACGCGUGGGGUUGUGUUUUUUACUUACAUAUCUUCAACAUUCACCUUUUGCAGGGUAGAUGGAUUUGUUUAUCGGAGUGUAUAUUAUUAUAGCAGAGUUAAAUUUGAAAAAUAUAUGAAAUGAUUUGUUGAUAUUUUUAUGGUCAAUGUGUUGUUGCCUUUUGGUUAUUAUGGAAAGGUUUUUGUCGUAAUGCAGUCAUUUUUUACUCACGUGUGCGUUAAAAUGAGCUAGAUGCGAAAUCCUACCUUAUUUAACAUUUAACAAAAUAGAAAAUAUCAUGUACUGGGUAAUAAGUUUUUUGUCUACAUUGGACACGUAUAUUAAUAAUUAUUAUGAAAUGUAUUGAAUUAUCAGAUGUAGUUAGUAAAAUUCACUUGACAUUGGUGUAAGGUGUUUGAGUAAUUUAUUAAUAACAUUUAUUGUAUCUUUCAUAUUGGCGUUGUUGGCCAUACGUAGCCUUGAAGAGAGGGGGGGACCCACCCUUCUCCUAGCGGUUAGGGAAUAUUCCAUGUUUUAAAAUAUAGCUUGAUCUCUAAAGCAUAUUCUAGCUUCGUAUUGAAUGGAAUGUAUGUUCAAGGUAUUCGAGUUUGGGGUACUGAACUAACUUUGCUAGAAUGUUUAGAUCUAUCUUGUCCCUUAUUGGCCAAAGUUCUAAUAAUGUUCGUUGCUAAUAUAACUUAUCGAGGAUCGCUGCCUAUUGUAAGGACAAGGGAAAAUGUUUUUCGUUCGUGGUGCGGUUGUAGUCAGCUUAGAAGUGGUAUAUCUACUGUAGAUCAAAAGCAUAUGUGGGUACGAAGGAAAAUCAAAUUAAUAAAAAAAACGUUUAGAGAGUGGAGACAACGACCGCGCUAUGUAUUAAAGGGAAGUAUGCAUGGCCGAUAAAGCGGGACGUUUCCUCGCCAUAAACUUGUGUAUAUAUAGCCGAACAUUGUUGGAAAGUUUUUAAAUGCUUCGCAUAGCCCAUUGGAUGUAAAAUUUCUAAAUAAUAUAUACAAUAACAGCUUUAUAUAAAUUAUUCGGGCUAACAUAGGAAAAUGUGCUUGGUACGUUAUGUGGGUUUAUUAGAGCCCGCAUAGGGACGGAUCCAAGGUACGUACCAAUUGUGUGAAGGUACCCUUAUUGGAAAGGAGUUUGUGGAAUUUGCAGUCGCGGAUUUAGGGGCAUUGUGACGUUACUAAAAUGUUGUUCUCUAUAAGAUAAUGUAAAAUUACCCUAUUCCCGCGCCUGAAUCAACACUGACAUUACUGUCAGUUGUCAACUUGCGAUUGUCUAUGCAUUCCAAAUUGAACUGAUGUGUUUUACCAAUACUUAUGUUCUAAGUAAUGUAUAAUUUACAUAAUAUAAUGAGAUAUUUUUAAUUUAAUUUUAAAACAAUGUUUCGGAAACAUCAUACGAAACAACCAAUCGACUGUUUUCUAAUAAACUUCAUUAUCUAAGCAACUUUUCAGAAAUGGUCAUAAAAGGCGAAUGUUUUUCCUGUUUUUGUUAUUAGUCUUAUAUUUAAAUAAAUAUUUGUUGGUGUAACAAUUACCGUCACAACGACUUGCAGAAUAUUGAAUUUUUAAAUGCAGUUUGUAAUUCACUUGCAUUGGUCAUGUUUGUUAUUUUGUUUUAUGGCAACACAAAACGAAAUUGUUAACUUUCAAUAAACUUAACAACAAAAAAAUAUUAAUAAGAUUUUAUAAAUAAAAUUAGGCAGUCGAUUAUUCUUAUUAACUUAUUUAUACCAUGUGAAUUAUUCAUUUAUUGAAAUAAACAAACGGUUGAUGUUUCUCAAACAUUGGAAAAAUAUUGUCUGUAUCAAGCUGUUUCUUUAGAUAUUUUCUUAUAUUUAUUUUUAUUUACGUCCGCUGUCAAAAUGUUAACCAAUAUAGCGAACUUGAGAAAUAGAAAUUGUCAAAUGUCGCGUACGAUGUUUUUUUUAAUAAGUACUUGCUCGGCAAAGUGACCCCGCUGCAUCUGAUGGUAAGUGGAAUGGGGUCCGAUAGAAUGUCGACUGACGAGAGAUGAUUACCCCUCGACAGUCGACACGAUUAUGCCGGCCUGUCGAAUCGGAUAUACUCAGCCUGGUUCCGGAACGCGACACACUUACGUGGGCCACUAUGGAUAUAAAAUAUAUCCUACAAUUUAUCAGCGAUCUGUAGCGUAGCAGUAGUUAUUUAUUUACAGGAAACAUUAUUACAACAAUGUCAAUUUGUUAAUGUAUGUUGUUAGAUGAAUUAAGAUUAGAAAUGGGGUCACACUCAAAUGUACUCAAUCCGUUCAUAUGAAGUGAUUGUAGUUAUUAGUAUUGAUGUUUACUUUCUUUUAGCACUACCUCCAAUUCGAGUAUAGAGUAAUUUAUUUAAAAAAAUCAUGAUUAUUGGAAUCCCAAAAAGUGUCCAUAACUGGUUAAAUGUUUUCGUAUUUCGACCUCUGGAAACUCCCAUAUUCUUGAUAUAAGAUUAAGUCUAUGGUUACUAUAAAAAAAUGGAAUUCAGUUUAAAUUCUCUUCGAGUUUCGGCAUCAUGAUUGUAAUGAAGCAUAAUAAUAUGGAGGUUUCGGUAUGGGUUUAUAUUAUUACUAAUAGUACAAUCACUUGUGAUGUCAAUAUGUAAAAAACACAAAUUAUAAUGUAUUGAGGGAAUCGUUCCGCACAGCAUAUAAAUCGAUGUUACUAUUGCAAAAUAUUUUUGUAAAAUAAAUUAAGUUGUAUUCGUUGGCGAUGUAAAUGGGGCUAUUGCUUAUAAAAUUGCAUAAUAUUUAAAUUCAAUUUUAUGGUUCCGAAAAAUUACUAUUUUGGUAGUUUGGAAAUAUCAAAUCGGUGCAAUAUAAUUUUUUUAUGAAUAUAGUAUUGCCAAUAUGGUAAGCAAUGUUACUACGUCCCUAAGCUAUGGUAAACAUGCAGGUUUUAUGUUUUGCCACCUAAUAUAUGUAAAUGAAUUUUUUUCUUUGUCAAAAUGUGUUCGCCCCAUCUAUUCGCCAAGGAUAAUCUCUACAUCCUAAAACAUGAGUCGGAGACGGCGUAAAGUAUUAUCGUGUGUAAGAGAGACCCUAGUCCUAGGUAAUGUUUUUUCUAGUAAUAAUAUUAUUGCUCAUACACAGCCAAUAUUUUAGCGAAUUAUUUUUUUAUUAACGCGUGUGUACGUAUGAAUGUGUUGCUACAUAUAAAUUAUUUUUACGGCUGGCAUCAUUUUACCGUCAAGGUAACAUUUAUUGCGUUGUUACAGGCAACUUUGUAUGUGUAUGAAUUGUGCUUCCUCAUUUUAUUCCUUUUAUGACCUUAUAAUAUUUUUUAUCGCAUUCAUUUAUGUAACGUUAUGAUUAUUGUUAAUUUAGGAAUUUUCGUUUAGAUUGUAUAUAAUGAAAUUCGAGAUAUAGAACAUAUUAUAAAUCAAAUAUUCUUAGAUCAUGUUUGUUUCGGAUAAGCCUGCGGAUGAAUUUGUUUUGCUGUAUUGUAAACUAAACGCCAGUGCAAAAUUUACCUUAUUGGUCACAAUAGAAAUGUCUAUGGUAGUAGAAAAUGUUACAGUGUUUCCAGUAUUAGUAAUGAAAAUGUAGCCAUAUAAAAAUUUAAUAAUGGAACAAGUUUUAUCUCUUACAGUUUUAGUUGUAAAAUAGUAUGCACUGGUAGUUUAGUUUGUAUGAAUCCACUGUUCAUGAGGUAACAUUACCGCGGUAAGGUAACGUGUAUGUAUACAUAGAUAUAGUGUAAGCAGUUGCUGUUGUUCUCGAGUUAAUGUUACUGUUUAGGACGGCAUAUUCUGUAAUAAAUGUGUGUAUAUUGAAAA